AAGUCAGUACAGUACGUUAUAUAGAAUAUCCACUUAGUAUUUAAUCAGCGAUGCAUACAGGUGUAUAAGCUUCACGGUAGAAUUAUUCUGAAUUCAAUACAUCUCUCUUUUGCAGAUUCAAUGUGACAAUCGUCACCUGCAAUGAAGUGAGGAAAUCAUUAGAAACUGCAUCAUCAGCAACACUAGGAGACAUCGACCGCCGCCACAUUGCCGACUACCUAGCACACACGAUCGACGUUGCCAACCGCCACUAUGUAUUCAAGGAGACCGCCAAUGUGGCAAAAGCUGCUCAACUCAUUGGACGCCUGCAGGUGUAAGUGUACUUUCAAAUAUUUCUUAAAUUAAUUGGCAUGUUGACAUGAGUUGUAUAGAAUAUAUAAUUUUCCUUGCAUUCUAACAUUUGUUGUGCACAGAGUGAUAAUGACAUCUUACCAGUUUCCAAUCACAUAUAAACAUUUUACAGACACCCUGCAGCUACUCGAAUGGAUCCAGCCAGCGAGGAUACAACCGGAAGUGAGAGCGCGACAGGCACUGACAGUGUGGCCCAGUUAGACAGGUACAGCAUGUGUUUAUAUGCAUUCCAAUCCCUCCACCAUAUUUCUAGUAACCUGUGGGUGCUAUGUUAUGGUAGAUUUAGUAGUUUGCGUGCUAUGGCUCAAACCUGUUUGUGAAUGAAUGUUGUAUACCUGUUUACUUUGUUGCAAUAUUAAAAUAUACUGGUUUAAUAUUACUCAAAUCCAUGUGGAAGCAUAGCGGUGGUGUGGAGUGCAAACACCAUUCACUACUUGUAUUGUGUUCAGCAGAUUGGGUACCCUAAUCCUUGGACUUUCUAUAUUUAUUUUUGUUUUUGCUCACAUAAAGUAUAUACGUCCUCUUUAAUUAUGCAUAGGGAUAGUGCCUACAAUCAGCUGUGCGUCAUCUACCCACUCACCCUUGAUGAGGAUCCACCUACAAUGAAGACCUGCAAGGACAUCAACCAGCAAGACGAACAACGACUCUACAAUCGAUGGAUGUACGAGCGAACGAAGUUGCGAGGCAAAGAACUAAUCGAGUUGCAAUGAACAUGACGACGGAAGAAUGGUGCGACAGGAUGAAGACAACCUACAAUGGAAAGAACUACACCAUCGUGAGAGUUAAGGAGCACAAGACGGCUGCCACUCAACUUGCCACAUUUGCCAUUGACGAUGAACAAGAGAUGUGGUUCCAGACAUAUUACACGACGACGACGAAGCAUUCUUCUUUCUUUCAAUUACUGGGACCAAGCUAUUUAAUGCAUCAAACGACCUGGCAAGACUGCACAAGAGAUUCAAUGUGACAAUCGUCACCUGCAAUGAAGUGAGGAAAUCAUUAGAAACUGCAUCAUCAGCAACACUAGGAGACAUCGACCGCCCGCCAC